UCUUUAGUCUGACAAUCUCAGAACGCAUAUUUAUUCUUAUUUUACACAGACUUUAAGCAAAGAGCACAUGCUUAAAUUCUUCAUGUUCCGAGUUCCUUUUUUUUUUUUCUAUUAAGCCAUAAUCUGUUUCAGAUCUGACACAAAUAUUAUCCUUUAUAUCCCAAAUACCUAAUAAAUAAUUACCUUUGCUACGAUGUUUAAAACCACAUUUGUCUAGAAGCUUACCAGGUUUAUCCUGAGAUGUAACCUGACAAUAACACUGUGUCCUGUUUACACUCAUUCUGUGCAAAGGUAUCUAUGUGAGCUGCGGGGGGUUAUCUUAUUGUAACCCUCCCUGUGGAACAGGAUGAGAGGUACAAAUGGACAAAGAGACACAGAGAGUGUUUUAGGACACAAAAAGAUGGAUUGAGGGAUAACGUUGCUAGGAGACCUGACAUCAGCUAUUUAUCCCAGAAUCAUGCUGAAGCCCACGUGCAUUGUGUGUAUGCGUGUGUGUGUGUGUGUGUAUACCUCCUCCCCACUGCGUCUGUGUCCUUGCUCUUGCUCGUGUUAUAAAGCCGUCAGCAUCUCCUUCGCUCUCUGCUUUGCGUGCGAGUAAAACUGAAGGCUGUUUCCCCUUAAACAAAAGUCAGUUCAGCUGUACUUGGAGAAUGAUGCUUGAGGUUUUACCUUCUUUCUUUUUUUUUUUAGACACACUUUUCUCAAGGUUGUAGAGCGAAUAUCAACUCCCCCUCAAGCCAGUGUCUUCUUUUAAUCAAUGGACUGAAUGGAGGGUUAAGAAAAAAUGCUUGAACAACACUACGGAGACAAACAGCAGUGGAACAAAGAGAGGUGAAAAGAAAAAGGAAGCUGCGGGGAUGCUGGAUUGUUUACCUUUCGAUAUUUGAUGACCGAGCUCGUAGAGGACAUUUAUCUGCCGCUCGGCAUUCACUCUGUCCGAAGGCUUGCUUAUACAGCAUGCUUUAAAGAUCUGAGGGGUGAUGUGGUGGCAGCGUGCAGACGGUUUUCAUCUAACCUGAUGUGAAGAAAAGAAGCACGUUCCUGCUCUCUUGUUCGCCUUCUUCUAAUUUCUCUGUUAUUGCGUUCCUGCUUUGGGCUGCAAUGAAAUGAACACUUCUCAGCAACUUGAGGGAUCUUUUUCCCAUCUUGUGUGUCCCCCCUCUCCACUCUAUCAACUCCAUCGCUCCAUCUUUUCAACCACUUUGCAAACUUUUUUCUUUGGUAGCUAACUGUCAUUUCUUUCCUUCCAAAUUACAGUUUUUCCACAGACGCAUUCACCUCUUUGCCUCUUAUCCAUUGUAAGCUCUUCCUACAUUGCACCACUCACUUCAGUCUGUUCAGGCAUUUUCUUUUCUUUUUUGCCCAUAUUUUCCUCUCCUCUUUCUCCAUUUUCAGCUGUCUACAUUUCUCUCCUUACUUCAGCCUGAGGGCACCCAAGACAGUGGCUGUACAUCACAUUGCACACACAUACUGCAUGUUCUCUCCCUUAAUUGCCAUUUUUUCCCUCUAUACCCCUCGCAACCGGCUUCCUCUGCACAUUUUUUCUUUCACUAUUAUCCUCUCACAAUGUACUCAACCAAGGAGCUCUGGAACUCCACCGAGCAGAUCUGGUUCAACGGCUCUGAGGCAAACUUAUCUCUAGGAAGACGUGGGGAUGAUAAGGAGGAGGAAGGAGAGCAGCAUCCCUUCCUCACAGAUGCAUGGCUGGUCCCCCUCUUCUUUGCCCUCAUCAUGCUGGUUGGACUGGUGGGAAACUCUCUGGUUAUUUAUGUCAUUUCCAAACACAGACAGAUGAGGACGGCAACUAACUUCUACAUAGCAAACCUGGCUGCCACGGACAUCAUCUUCUUGGUGUGCUGCGUACCCUUCACUGCCACCCUCUAUCCUCUCCCUGGAUGGAUCUUCGGCAACUUCAUGUGUAAAUUUGUUGCUUUUCUACAGCAGGUGACAGUCCAAGCCACCUGUAUCACUCUGACAGCUAUGAGCGGUGACCGCUGUUACGUCACAGUCUAUCCUCUGAAAUCCCUGCGCCACCGAACACCAAGGGUAGCCAUGAUCGUCUCCAUCUGCAUUUGGAUUGGCUCCUUUAUUCUGUCCACCCCGAUUUUAGUGUACCAGCGUAUAGAGGAUGGUUACUGGUAUGGCCCAAGGCAAUACUGCAUGGAGAGAUUCCCCUCUAAGACACAUGAGAGGGCUUUCAUCCUCUACCAGUUUAUUGCUGCCUACCUGCUGCCUGUCCUCACUAUUUCCUUCUGCUACACUCUGAUGGUGAAGAGGGUAGGACAGCCUACAGUCGAACCUGUAGACAACAACUAUCAGGUCAACCUCCUGUCUGAAAGAACUAUCAGUAUCAGGAGCAAAGUCUCCAAGAUGGUGGUUGUAAUUGUCCUGCUUUUCACCAUCUGCUGGGGUCCCAUCCAGAUCUUCGCCCUUUUUCAGUCUUUUUAUCCACACUAUAAGCACAACUACGCCACAUACAAGAUCAAGACUUGGGCCAACUGCAUGUCCUACGCCAACUCUUCUGUCAACCCCAUAGUUUACGGUUUCAUGGGAGCCACCUUCCAAAAGUCCUUCAGGAAAACCUUCCCAUUUCUGUUCAAGCACAAGGUCAGAGAUAGCAGCAUGGCUUCGAGGACUGCCAACGCAGAGAUCAAGUUUGUUGCCGCAGAGGAAGGCAACAAUAAUAACGCAAUGAAUUGAAUCUGGCAAGUAAAAAUGGGAAUAAUGAGAAUAUUGUUUGUAUCCAGGCCAAUCGCUGCAAGAAGAAAAUUAAAGCAGACGCUGUUUGGCAGAGACAUUCAUAAUUAUGUUAAAUAAUACAACUAAUUAAUGAACUGACAUGGAGAAACACAGACUCAUAAUAUGGAUGGACACAAACAGAGUUUGGCACAAUAUGUUAGCUGCUCUGUUGCAGGCUGUGUUGGCACAUAGCAUCAUCUAUGAACUGCCAAACACCAUUGAAAGCUGUGGAGUCCUGUUCAUGGCUGGAUUUGGACAGCAGAUGAUAUUAUGUAUUCGAAGACAUUUGAGGAUAUGUGUUCUGGAAAUGGCUGAUGCAUCUGCAUUUUAGAUGGCAUCUGUUGACAUCACUGGAGAGAAAGAGAAUUCAGCUACUGUCUGUAUCUGUCGUUCUUUAAUAUUUACAUUAUUAUGAUUUGAUUAUUUUAUUUAUCGAAGGCAUAGUUUGACAUUUUGACGUCUCUUGACUUGCUUACAGAAAAUGACAUGAGAAAAUUGUGACUGCUCUUUUGUCUGAGGACUACAGUAUAACGUGACUCUGCAGCCAGAAGGUGAAUAGCUUAACUUAGCAUAAAGACUGGAAGCGGUGGGAAAUAGCAGCACCAACAUAUUUAUAGCAUGCAAACAUUCAAACAUUUCAAUUAUUGAGCUUCAGUGAGGUGUUUGUAGGCAUAUUUUCUUAACUUUGACACAGCCAAGAUAGCUAAUUCCCACUUUUUUCUUUGUAUGUUUGCUACGUUUAUGUCUUAUUGUAAUUCUCAUGUUGGACUGAUUCUAAUUAUGAACUUGUAAAUAUCAUUCAUGUUAAAUUACAAGCUGAAAUAAAGACUGGGAAACUUGGAUUUUUCACACAUUAUUAGGCCAAUGUGUGAAAAACCAAACAAUGAUGGAUGUUUCAUGACAGCCAAAAGCCAUUGUUGAAUGUGAUUUAAGCCACAUUUAAUGUUUGUGAUGUUAUAUUGUCAGUUUAUAGUAUUUUCAUAAUUGUCUUAAGAUGCGUGUUUACCUGGAGGUUGCUGUCUUAGUCAUGUUUUUAUUCUUGGUCUUGUGUUAGGCCAAUUUUGCAAAUACCUCUUUGGUGUUUGGUAUGACAGAGAUGGAGACAAAAGCCUUUUUUUUUUUUUUUUUUAAACACAUUCAACCAGCUGUGAAACCGUGAGCUCAGGGUUAAAGUUUUGCUUCUCUGUUUGGUGAGAAUCCAGCAACACAACACCAGCAGGUGUGUCUCUGCUGCCAAACUUGAUGAGUGGGAGAUGGUUGCAACAGGGGUUACAACCAGCGAAGCAUGGACAGUGUUCACCUUUCUUUUGUGUCCAUCACACAGACAUUCACAGCCUCCACAAUACCUUGUCCACCUACAUACACAGACACACACAUGCACUUUCACCCAGUACAUCCAGGUGUUGUUUGCUGGCGCACCAGUUGUGACAUCUUUGAGAAACACCCUUGAAUGAGCUUGUCAAACUGGCUUAACUCCAAAUGGUGGAGGUGAUCCACAUGGCCUGUGCUCUGCAUUUUGAGGUGGAACUUGUUCAGAGAGCAGCUGCCUCCAUGAAUUGAGACACAGCCUAUCAUUACUGAUGAUUCUACAAAGCCUCUGCCAGCUCUCCACUUCCCAGACGUGGUCCUUUUCUCUUCACCCUGCACAGUAACAUUCAGAAUCUGCUAAUGUAUCUCUCAUUUGAAAUGUAGAUAUUGUAGGACUUGUUGUCUUCAGGGCUCCAUUUGAAUUACAUGAAAAUGUCUUUGAAAGGAAAAACAGCUGGGUUGCCAUAAUUAUCCAGAAAGCAUAAAUAACAGAAAGAGGCUCAAGGGCCGCCAUUAAUUGAGAUAACAUUUGGGCGUCUUUUGCAAACACACACAAGUGGACAAAUCUUUGUCUAUGACCACCUAUAGAUGUAACCUACCAGAUUCGGUAGUAGAUAGUAAUUAUAUGUAACACUGAAUACAGUUUCAGCACAACACGUAGCCUGUAGUCACACAAAUGAACACAUUUUCCAUUUAUAUGAAAUCUGUCUGUUUAUCUAUAAUUAUUCUUAGAAUAAGAAUUUUAUAAAAGGCAGCUAAAUAAAGGAAAUGUGACUCAGUUUCAUUAGCAAAUCCAGAAUAAAUUAUGUGGUAUAAAGGGUUCACUUUUAUCCGAGCGCUACCGUUACCAGGUUUAAUUCAAUUCAGCACUAACGACAGCUCAUUGCCUUUUAAUGAAUGUGAAUAGUGUUGCGUUUCUUUCAUUUCAAGUUUAUUGUACAUCCACGAUGACCAAAGUUGUCAAUGAUGUGUUUUCUGCCUUACU